CCUGUUUAAGGAAAAUAAAGUAAAGAUAGGAUACUCAAUGCAAAAUAUUAUUUCAAUAAAGGGUGUUUAGAUGUGUAUCAUAAGGCAGUAGAAAUUUAUAUUUCAGCUGCUGAUUCUGGAAUUAUAACUUUAGCAAUAUUUUUUAAUUCUCAGGUGUUUUCUAGGAACUACACACAUUACCAGGACUAUGGAGAAAAUAAACAAUGCUUUAAAAUCUUUGUUGAAUCCUAAUAUGAAUAGUAAUCAGGUGAUAGAGAAUGAUUUAUUUAAAGAAGGUCUUGUAAAUGUUAUUCCAAGAGAUUAUCAGUUGUUUGGUGUAAACUGGUUGUUAUCUUGUUGUGCUCAAAGAGGUAAACAUGGAGUUAUUUUAGGUGAUGAGAUGGGCUUGGGCAAGACCCUGCAAACCAUAUGUUUUUUGCUUCACACCAAAAAUAAAUUUCUAAAAGGGCCAUAUCUGGUCAUAGCACCAUUAUCAGUCAUAGAUGGAUGGAAAAAAGAAUUUUCAAGAUUUGCACCCUCCAUGUCAGUGCUUAAAUACAUUGGUAACAAAGAACAAAGGGAAGAGAUUCGAAAAACGAUUGCAUCCAAUUAUUUGAGUUCAAACUGGAAAAAUGCAACACCGCCUUUUGAUGUGCUGCUUACUUCUUAUGAGCUUUGCAUGAAAGAUGAAAGUUUCAUGUGCAAAUUUAGAUGGAAUACUUUAGUUGUUGAUGAAGCACAUCGUUUAAAAAAUUCUGAAUCAUUGAUGUAUCAAGUUUUACUAAAGUUUGACAUCAACUUUAAGAUCUUAUUGACUGGAACACCUGUGCAAAAUAACUUAAAAGAACUCUUUGCGUUGUUAUCAUUUUUGUCAUCAGACAUUUUUAAGCUUGAUUAUUCAGAUGAAUUUGUUCGAUAUUUUUCUUCAGUUGCUCUUGAAUCUUCAUCAUCAAACAAAACAAAAGAAUUGCAUCGAUUGCUUAAACCUUUUCUUCUCAGGAGAACGAAGAAUGAAGUUGUGUCUGACUUGCCAGAAAAAUCAGAAGUUGUUAUUAACUGUGGGAUGUCUGCCUUACAGAAGAAAUUGUAUAAAGCUGUUUUAACAAAGGAUUUAGAUGCCUUUGCUCAAGACCAUGGAUACAAAACGAGAUUGAUGAACAUUUUGAUGCAAUUGCGUAAAUGUUGCAAUCAUCCAUAUAUAUUUGCAGGAACCGAACCUGAACCAUUUCAGCUGGGCGAACAUCUUAUUGAUACUAGUGGAAAAUUGUUUUUACUCGAUAGGCUGCUUAAGACAUUAAAACAGAGUGGACACAAAGUUCUAUUAUUUUCACAGAUGACUAUAAUGUUGGAUAUUGUUCAAGAUUAUUUGGGAUAUCGAGGGUAUACAUAUGAGCGAUUGGAUGGAUCGAUUCGUGGCGAAGAGAGAUUUCUUGCUGUUAAUAAUUUUAACUCGAAUGCAGAUACUUUCCUCUUUUUACUAAGCACAAGAGCAGGUGGUCAAGGAUUAAACUUGAUGACAGCUGACACUGUCAUAUUUCUGGACAGUGAUUUUAAUCCCCAAAAUGAUAUACAAGCUGCAGCACGUGCUCACAGAAUUGGUCAAACAAGGCCUGUUAAGAUCAUACGAUUGGUAGCAAAAAACACUGUGGAUGAGAUCAUUCUCCAUCGUGCUAAGAAUAAAUUAUUGCUUACAAAUACUGUCAUAGAAGGUGGCCAGUUUUCAAACAUUGGCAUAAAAACAGAUGAAUUGCAAUUAAGUGACAUCCUGAAAUUUGGAUUAGAAGAUUUAUUAAAGACAGACGAUGGGUCCUUUGAAGAAAUUGAUUUUGAAAAAGUAUUGGGUAAAUCAAGAAAUGGUGAAUGGGUUGUAAAUGAUUCUAAAAUUGCGAGAAAAAAAUUAGAAGGAAAUAAAGACAAUGAAAAAACUCCAGAAAGUAUGUAUGUUUACGAAGGAGAAGAUUAUUCCAAAAUAUGUGCAAGUGAUGAUGAUAAAAGUAUAUUUGAUGAACUCGCUAAAGCGGUUUCAACUUCACUGCAAGGCGAAAGAGUGUUGAGAAAAGACCCUAAGCAAAGUGUGACGCUCUACCUUCCUGACCACGGUAAACGCAAAAGACGUGUGCUAACUGAAGAAGAAAAGCAGCAACUUCGGCUGAAGCGAGAAGAAAAUAAAGCCAAAAGAAUCAAACUUCAAGAAGAACGAAAAUUGGAUAAAAUUAAGAAGUUAUGGCAGUCACACAACUACACAUCGUGUAAGAUUGAUCUUCCAGAUGAUGACGAUGAUAGUGUUUCAUCUUGUGAGGAUGAGGAAGAAGAGGAGGGGGAAGAUUACGGUCAACUGCAUUAUGUUGUUGGAGAUGUAACAAGACCGCAGCAAUUAGGAUUGAAAGAUGCUAUUGUAGUUCACUGCGUCGAUGAUUCAGGUUAUUGGGGAAGUGGUGGCUUAUUCACAGCUAUUAAUAAUCGUUCAAACACACCUGGAAAACAAUACGAACUUGCAGCAAAAGUAAAAGAUCUUUCACUAGGAGAUGUGCACCUUGUAAAAAUGGUAGAUGACCAACCAUGUGUUUACGUUGCCUUAGUUGUUGUGCAUACACGAAAUAAAAAAAAUCAACUUUCUCCCUUGUUGAUGAAUCACCUCAACGAAGGGUUGGAGAAGAUUUAUCAUGUAGCGAAAGAAACUGGAGCGAGCAUCCACUUCCCUCGCAUCGGCUACAACACACCAAAUUUUAACUGGUAUGGUACAGAAAAGUUGAUCAAGAAAUCCCUCGCACAGAGAAAGAUACGCACGUUCGUAUAUUACUUUAAACGACACAAGUCAACUGUCUUGCAGACACCACCAAAUGCGACGAAUCAAGCGACGACCUCUAAGCAAGGAGACGAUGAUGCAAUAAAAGCUAAUGAAUCUGGUGUUGCAGAUUCGUUGCCCGAUAUGUUUUUGAAUUAUCAAGUUUGUUUUCACGGUCUCGAUGAUCCGGUAGAGGAAAAGCGUUUAUCUCGUUAUGUCAUUGCAUACGAUGGUGACAUUGAUCGUUACUUGACGUCCGACACGACACAUAUAGUAUGCACGUCAGAUUCAAAAAAGACGUUAGCAAACGUAGACAGUAAAAUAAAACUGGUUACAAAAAACUGGAUUGAUGAUUGUGUAAAGUUUGGUUACAUUGUGGACGAAGAAAAAUAUUCUGUAACGUGAGCUGUGAAGAUUUAUGGCUUGUAACGAAAGAUCUCGAGGGAACUGUUCAAGCUAGGAGGAUGAAAAUAGGUUUAGGAAAUGCAACAUUUUUUAACUUUCUGGAAGGUUAAAAAUAAAUAGAGAAGUGUACCAUGCACGAGUACAUGAGCAUGCGCACCCUGUUUAUUUUGAUUACACAAGAUUCAAAAGUAAACUUGACCAAGUAAGACUAAAAGUUUAUAGACGAAUCAAAGUUCUGGCAAUUGACAUGGCUUCUCAAUGAAAAGUUGAAAUCCAGUUUUUGCGGGAAAGAAUUCUUCGGACAUUUUUUUAGCAAGAAAUGCAGUGAGUACGUUGCAUGUAUUAUUGUACAUUUUAUACAUUUGUCUUUUUAAAUAAAUAAAUAAAUAAUUCAGCAAAUAAUAACUAAUGCAAAUUAUUUGUGCAAAUGUCGGAAAAAUUUGUACUUUUGUGAAAUGAUUGCUUGAAACAAGGUAGUGUGAGUUUUUAAGUUCGAAAAACAAAUCUUUUCGAACAAAAAAUUUUUUGUGAAAACAUCGAGGAGAAUUUAAAUGAGAGCUGGGGUUUCUUGAUUUUCACCCUGGUUUUAAAAACUAGGCUAUUUCUGCUGUUUUUUUAAGUAGUACUAAAUAAAGAAGGGUUAAUUUUAGCGAAAUAUUAAAGUGUUUCAUAAAAUUAGAGAAAAAGACACGGCUAACAAGUAAAUGCGAACAAGAACAACAAGAGAUUUUUCUACUUAGAAAAUGUGACAUAACUAAGUUGGACUUCACACGAGAAUUGUUUUAUAAUUACAUUACAGUUGGUAAAGCUUAUCAGAACGUCGAAUUUAGCUACCAUUUAUUCACGAUCUUUUUGUAAUUUUUCUCCCAUGGAGUCUCCUCUCGUAUAAAAUCAAUAGCCAACAAACACACGAUUGAAAUAACAAAGUGGAUUGGUGGUAAAACGGCCAUAGCUCCAACCCACCAUAAUCCAACUGCUGAUGCUAAAAAUGUAAUAGGUUGAAACAACACAACACAUAUGAAUAUCUUUGGCCAGUUUCUGUGUUUGCUGUCGCGUUGACUCUUGUAAAGCUUCGCUCCCAUCAUAUCCAUGAGAAAGGGAGACAGAACGAUCAUCCAUACUGAGACGAUUGCACCAAUCACAUACAGAAUACACAAUGUGAUCUGCCAAUCAUCUCCCAGGUAAAUAUCUUUCGCCAUGUUGUAAAAAGCUUGAAAAUUUUAAGUUUCGUUCAGGUUAUCCUGUAUGAUAUCUCAAGACUAAAA